AUGACAGUCUCUUAUAGAAAGAAAGUGAGAUCUCGAAGGAGCGUUUUCAAUCUUUGGAUUCCAAAUAAAGCAGCUACCCACAACAACAAAUGCGGUCCUUUUCCAUCCGAUUCCCCUAUAUCCGACGCCAGUCCUGCUUCUGAACCUAUCAUUACUACUGAGCCAGGCAAAGACCGACUUAAGAUCCGAUUGACGCGGAGUGGUUCCAAGCUCCUGCUGUUACUGGGGCUAGGGAGCUCUGCAAACAGUAAUAAGACGAGUGUGGAAUCCGUCUCAAGCGAAGACGCUCAAAGUCCAGAACAGCGAAGUCCACCCCUUCACACAACCGAACACAAUCAUAUUUACAUUACUGGUGAUGUUUCGCCAGACCACGAACCACCCAUCACUCCUUACGUCAAGGUUGAGCCUGUGGACCCCAGGUCAAUCCCCUCGACAAGAUUUCCAUCACCCGCAGAAUUUGGAGAGGCCAUACAGCAGAAUGAUGAAGGCGACGAUGGUGGGUGCAUAACCACCACUGGGCAUCAAAGAACUCCCAGUGCCAGGCUCAUCAAUCGACUUUCCCAAAGACUCUCCACGACAUUUGGUAAUCCCACGGUGAUCCGCCGUACUCACUUCCGCUCGAGGCCAGUUAUUCCCUUCCCUGAGUCUCCAAUAUCUCCUGGGCCACAAUUUAAGCAGGGUGAUGGGGCAAACGACAGCUCGAACCCUUCGACGGCACCCAGCAGCAAUGGUUCCCCACUUGGGCACUCUACUCCUCUCACUCCGGCCACAUCUGCGGAGCCGUCACCUUCAGAGAAAUUCAAAGCUCCUGUGACAGAUUUCCCCUCUCUGCCAGACAAUGUCACUGAUGUGACUGUACCCCAAGCCACCACAGGAAGCGCUUUUCCAAUCAUUGUGCCUUCCAUCGUGACCGUGGAGGCAACCGCCGUGGCGAAGGUGUUCUUGGAACUUUAUUUCAACUCGAUAUUCCAAAAUUGCGAUCCACGCGUACAGCGACAGCACGAACUUGAACAGCGUAUGUAUUCAUUUCAGCUUGCACCUGAAGAGCAGUUUGCGGCGAGAUGCAACUGGUUACUGCAGGAGAACGAACAUCUCCGUCAGUGUCGGACUCUCAAGACUAUGCGACCCAUUGGGAGCGAUAAUGCAAUCUCGGCGGCUGGCUAUGAGGCCAUUAAGGUUCUUGGAAAGGGCAGUUUUGGUGUUGUCCGAUUGGUACGUGAAAAGGAAGAUAAGAAACCUUCUUGCGAGGAAGAUUCUUCGAUUCAGGAGAGGUUUCCCAGCACCCGAGGCCGUCCCCUUAACAUGUUCAAGUCUGCUGUUGAUGGGACAAAACACAAUCGCCGAAGAUUCAUGAUUGGGGAAUACAAGGAUGUCUAUGCGAUGAAAGUGAUCAAGAAGUCUGACAUGAUUCGAAAUUCCCAAGAAGGCCACAUCCGAGCUGAGAGAGAUUUCUUGGUUGCAUCUGAAAAGUCUCGCUGGGUGGUCCCGUUGAUCGCAAGCUUUCAAGACGGAAAUCACUUGUAUCUCGUCAUGGACUACAUGGUUGGUGGAGACUUUCUGGGCUUGUUGAUUCGAAAAGAUAUACUCCGUGAGGACUGGACAAGAUUUUACGUCGCCGAAAUGAUCAUGUGCAUCGAGGAAGCUCAUCGGCUGUGCUGGAUUCAUCGCGAUGUCAAGCCCGAUAAUUUCCUCGUCUCUGCCUCUGGUCACUUAAAGAUCUCUGAUUUUGGCCUAGCUUUCAAUGGUCAUUGGUCGCAUGAUCAGUCUUACUACUACAGUCAUCGCUAUUCUUUGCUCAAGAAACUUGGCAUCGCAGUCACUGGUGACGCUGAAGACCAAAAGAAUACGGCGGAAGGGCGAACAAAUCCAUCAAAGGCAGCCUCCGACCCCCAGAGUAUGAUUGAUUAUUCCAACUACCAUACGCCCACCACAGAUUUAUUGGCAUGGCGUAACAGUAAAGAGAGGCGGCGAUUUGCCAAGAGCGUUGUUGGGACUAGUCAGUAUAUGGCUCCUGAGGUCAUUCGAGGUGAGAUGUACGACGGACGUUGCGAUUGGUGGAGCCUUGGAAUAAUCUUAUACGAGUGCUUGUAUGGAUUCACUCCUUUCGCCUGUGAAAACCGCCAUGACACAAAACUCAAGAUCCUGCAACACACGCGAACUCUGCAAUUCCCCAGAGAAAAGCCAACCGAUAAGCUGGUAUCUCAGGAAGCUAUCAACCUCAUCAGUCGAAUCCUCCAGGAGCGCCAUUAUCGCUUAUGUGCUCAGGAGUAUCAAGCCAACGACGUGCUAUCAGGCCGCCCUGUCACUGCUCAAUUUCUUUACUCCAUGGAUCCCCGAUACAGAUCUAUCACAAGCUAUUUUGUAUAUCCCAACGACGCUACUGAUAUCAAAGCCCAUCCGUUCUUCAGAGGUAUCCGUUGGAAUGAGCUCCACAUGACCCAGCCACCACUGAUACCCAGAGUUCGAAACUGGGAGGACACCAGAUACUUUGAUGACUGGAAGGGAAUUGCUAAUAUUGAAGAAGCGUCUCCGAACUGCGACUCGGAAGAGGACGACACUGAUCAUGAUGAAGAGCCAGUCUCUGCUGCACCAGAACGUCCCAAAUACCAGCAGGGUAUUACUCUUGAGCCGCCAACGACAGGUACAGCCCCUGCAAUGACAGCUGAAGCCAGUGCAAAGAAGGCCCAAGAUGCCGAGAGGCGAAGGGAUAAGAAGCGGCCUCGUGACAAGAUCCUGAGAGACAAGCAGAUUGGCAAAACUGCUUUGGAGAUACGCAAGAGAGGUGCUUUCUUAGGUUAUACAUACCGUCGGCCGAAGGGCCCGAAUUUGGCUCUGAACACGGAACAUGGAUGCCAACCAUUAAAUAGGGGGGGAUUGGCAGAGCUUUACGCCCUGUAA